UUGUUUUGACCCAUUGGCAUAUUUGAAAAGUAUACAAUUCACCCCUAUGAAAACAAUGUUAAAUGCUCGAAGUUAUAUCAUUGAGCUUACCUUUCUUUUGAUCUAGCAAUGGAAUUUCCAGCUCUACAAUUCCCAUCAUUCUUUAUCAUAUCAGUGUAUCUUCUCUUCUCAGCCCUUUUCACUGAAGGCCAGCCCGAGUGCAACGUAAAGUUGGGCUGGUCGUUAUCUGCUGGAGACACUAACCUUCCAUGGAACUCGCCUUCGGGUGAGUUUGCCUUUGGAUUUAGGCCUCUUCAACGAUCUCCGUCUGAUAAUGAAGAUCUCUUCUUAUUAGCCAUCUGGUUCAAUAAAAUACCAGAACAAACUAUUGUAUGGUCGAAAAACGAGUAUUCACUUCCACGAGGAUCAACAGUCCAUUUGACAAAUGAAGGGCAACUCAUUCUCUACAAUCCUCAAAGCAAGGAAAUAUGGAGGGCUCAAACUAAUAAUGAUAAAUCCUCCUGUGCUGCCAUGCUUAAUUCGGGGAACUUUGUGUUAAUAAAUGGAAAUUCUAGUUACAUAUGGGAGAGCUUCAAAACGCCUACUGAUACAAUCUUGCCUGGCCAGAGCCUAAGCAUGGAUGGAAAUCUUAAUUCGCGCCAAUCUGAGACGAAUUAUACCAAAGGAAGAUUCCAGCUCAGUAUGCAGAGUGAUGGAAAUCUUGUGCUUUACACUAUAUUUUUACCACUUGGUGAUGUAAAUAGUGCUUAUUGGGCUACUGGAACUGUGCGGGAUAAUCCUGAAGCCCAACUUGUUUUCGAUGAGGCUGGUUAUGUCUACUUAAAACAAGGGAAUGAUAGUACACAAAACAUCACGAAUAAAGACAUGGGUUCAUCACAGGAUUUUUACCAUAUGGCAAGGAUUGAUUAUGAUGGAGUUUUCAGGGCCUAUAGUCAUCCAAGAAAGGAUUGUACAGCUAAUGCCAAAAGUUGCACAUCGGCUUGGUCUGUUAUACAAAGCACUCCUGAAGAUAUAUGCACAGCAAUCUUGAGAGGUCUUGGGAGUGGGUUUUGUGGUUACAACAGCUAUUGUGUGAACACAAAUGGGAAGCCCGAGUGUUUCUGCCCUGAAGGAUACUCUCCGGUUGACUCAUCUGAUAUGUUUAAAGGAUGCAAGCCGAAUUUUCAAUUGCCUAGUUGCCUGCAAAAUGGAUGGGAACUGAACUUGGAGGUCGUAGAGUUUAAGGAAUUAAAUAACACUGACUGGCCCUUUACUGAUUAUGAACAUCAGACUGAUUCACAAGUAGACGAGGAUACGUGCAAAGAAUUCUGCCGCCGGGAUUGUUUUUGUGUAGCUGCUAUUUACGAUAAGAACAAUUGUUGGAAGAAAAAGUUCCCCCUUUCCUAUGGAAGACAGUCUAAAAUUUUGAACAGAACUGCCUAUAUCAAGGUUCCAAAAGGCAACGAGACAGACUUGUGCCCCGGAAGCAAAGAUCAGUCUACUUUAGUUCUUGUUGGAUCAGUACUUCUUGGUAGCUCUGUAUUGAUCAAUUUUAUUCUUUUGUUAAUUAUAUCAGUUGCUGUUUUUUUCAUAUAUCACAAGAAAAUGCUAAAUUUAUGGUCCGAUUCAACUUCUUUCGGAUUGAGAAAGUAUACAUACAAAGAACUUGAGAAGGCAACUGGGGGCUUCAAGCAGAAACUAGGCCGAGGAGCUUUUGGAACUGUCUACAAAGGUGUUACUCCAUCAACUCCGAAAAGAUAUAUUGCUGUUAAGAUGCUGAAAAAGGUUGAACCAGAGGGUGAAAAAGAAUUCACAACAGAAGUAAAUGCAAUUGGGAAGACUCAUCACAAGAACUUAGUCACACUUCUUGGAUAUUGUGAUGAAGGAGAAAAUCGUCUUUUGGUUUAUGAAUACAUGAGUAAUGGAUCUUUAGCUAGCCUUCUUUUUGGGAUAUCCAGACCUCAUUGGAACCAAAGGGUGCAAAUCAUAUGUGGUAUUGCAAGAGGUCUGACGUACUUACACGAAGAAUGCAGCACACAGAUAAUCCAUUGUGACGUGAAGCCUCAAAAUAUACUUUUGGACGACUUCUUGACGCCAAAGAUUUCUGACUUCGGAUUGGCAAAACUUUUGUUGGCUGAGCAAAGUCGAGCAGCACUAACAAACAUUAGAGGGACAGUAGGUUACUUUGCCCCUGAAUGGUUUAGGAAAGGAUCUAUCACUGUAAAAGUCGACGUUUAUAGCUUUGGAGUGAUGUUACUUGAGAUCAUUUGCUGCAAGUCGAGUGUCGCAUUUGCAAUGGGAGAAGAAGAGGAGGCUCUAAUAGAUUGGGCCUACGACUGCUACAGCAAAAAGAAACUAAACAAAAUGGUGGAAAAUGACGAGGAAGCAAGGAAUGACAUGAAAAGUGUAGAAAGACUAGUGAUGGUGGCAAUUUGGUGCAUUCAAGAGGAUCCUUCAUUGAGGCCCUCCAUGAAAAGAAUUACACAGAUGCUUGAGAGAGUUGCUGAAGUUCCCGUGCCUCCUCGUCCUUCACUAUUUAGUUCGUCUUGAUUCCAUACGAAAUAGUGAUAGACAUUUAUAUGUCUUCAGUUGUUUGUACAAUAAGGCUUCAUUAGAAUUUAUGCUUGCAAGUUUUCAUGUUUAAGCCAAGCACCCUCAGAAUUCUGUGUGAAAUUUAACAUUAUCAGCUAGCCUUAAUAUUCACCAGAUAAUUUUUAGCCUAUCUGGUAGUUGUGUGUGUGUUGAUCUUACUCUAUGAAGUAGCUGCAAUAUUAUUCCAUCAUGUAGCCUCAA